AUCGUCGCAACUGUUGGUUGUAACCACCGAGUAUGGCUAAAACUGGUGCUCGUGCAUCCUUGUAACCUUAAUCCAUAUGAAUUCACUAUUUUCAUUUUGGCUCUCAGCAUUCCAAUCCUCCUGCUCCUUUAUCCAAAUAGGCAUACAACAACCAAAACCGGCACACGGGAUUGCAUGGAUUUCACUGAUCUCACAUCGUUAACGACUUUUGGAUUCCGGGGUGAGGCACUGGCCAGUCUAAGUCACGUUUCGUUACUGACUGUGACCACACGUACGGCCGAGCAGAACUGUGCCUAUCGAUUGACCUACCGAAAUGGUAAUCCGGUCGGGAACGCGGCACCCUGUGCUGGGAAUACUGGGACCACAAUUUUGGCUGAGGACCUGUUCUAUAACACCCCAAUCCGACGUGCUGCAUUGCGUAGUCCACGCGAGGAGUUUGCUCGGGUGGCCGAGGUAGUGGCACACGGGAACGUUCACAAAAAGACCAAUAAUAGGAACAAGGGGCAUUCACGGUUACAAUUUUUUGGUCGAGGAGUAAUGAUCGAUUUCAGCACCACGGAUCUCGGCGACGCGAGGAACCAAGGUGGGCGGACAAACCGGGGACAGUCGGGAAUCGUUGUCACGCCGUCGAAUACAAUCAGAACAAGAUGA